UUUUUCUAGUCCCAGUACUACUCCUGUCCAUUCCAAAAUGGCGGAAAAACAUUUGAAAACAAUCGUCAUAUAGUUGGUUAACAAAUUCUAUAGAAAUUCGUGAAUUUGUCCGACCUAGGGUGCUCUAACAGAUGGGGAAUUUUAUAAUGAAUGCAUGAUGGAUCGUUUGUUGCAAAGAAAUUUUCGGGGAAUUGCGCAGAAACCAUGGAUGCUGUCGAUACGUAAUUCUUUUCAAACAUUUCAUCGACAACAUAUCCCUCCAUUAUCAAAUGCUACUGUGUCAAGGAGUUGUCUCAGAAGGACUCCUAGAAAAGUAAACUCUAGCUUGCUCGACCUGCCAGGCGCGAGGUUCUUUGGUACUGCCAUCAUCCGAGAUGGAGCGAAGAAAGCCCAGUCUGGAAGUUUCCAUGCACCAUCAAGUCAAGCUCUUUUUUCUUUGUAUCUCCUGCUGAGGAAUAAGAGCUACAGCAUUCCAGGACUGGGUCGUUACUUUUCUACUAGUUCAAAAAGAUUCCAAGAUGGUGGUGAUGGCAAGAAACCAGAUCAAUCCUCUCCAAACCCUGAAGAUGCAGGACCACAGGGGAGCAUGGCUCAGAUCCUCCCAUGGAUCAUUCUAGCUGUGUUUUACUUCCUGACUGCUGGUACCGACCCCACACCGGAAACCACAUGGACAGUAUUCUAUAGGGAAAUGCUCUCUGCAGGGGAGGUUGAGCAUCUUGAAGUCCCUGCAUCACAGGACAAAGUGUAUGUCUACCUGCACAGAGGAGCUUUAGUCGCUGGCAAAGAAGUCUACUCGUAUGGACCACAUUACGUGUUUAGCAUUGCGAGCCUUGACAGCUUUGAAAAGAAGAUACAUCAUGCCCAGUCAGAGCUGAGGAUUUCUCCUCAGGAGUUUGUUCCCAUAAAGUACCGCACCCAAAAUGAGCUCUUUUCUACGCUAGUGGCUGCAGCAACUUCUCUUGCCAUUAUCGGAGUGGUGUGGUACCUGUUAGCAGGGCGCCGUGUCCCAGGCGGUGGGCGCAAGGGCGGCAUUUUGGGCAGUAACCCUUUUUCAGGAUAUAUCAAAGCAAAGGCCACAGUUGUGAUGCCAGGAUCUAACCAAGGAGGAAUCACGUUCAAAGAUGUAGCAGGAAUGCAGGAGGCUAAGAUGGAGGUUAUGGAGUUUGUUGAUUACCUCAAGUCUGCUGGUCGAUACACCCAACUUGGGGCCAAGAUACCUAAGGGUGCAUUGCUGGUAGGUCCUCCUGGGACGGGUAAAACCUUACUUGCAAAAGCUGUAGCAACUGAGGCAGAUGUCCCCUUCCUGUCAAUGGCUGGCUCAGACUUUGUGGAGAUGUUUGCGGGUGUCGGCUCUGCGCGUGUGCGCGAUCUGUUCACACGGGCAAGAAAGCUGGCCCCCUGCAUUGUCUACAUUGAUGAAGUUGAUGCCAUCGGCCGGUCAAGAAAGUCCAGUCGAUCUAUGGGAGGCCACAAUGAACAAGAGAAUACUCUCAACCAACUGCUGGUAGAAAUGGAUGGUAUGAAUACCCUUGAUGGAGUAAUCAUGCUUGCAUCUACAAACAGAGCCGAUAUCCUGGACAAUGCAUUGCUAAGGCCUGGCCGGUUUGAUCGGCAUAUUGCCAUUGACUUGCCAACCUUGCCUGAAAGAAUGGAGAUCUUUGAAGUCCACCUGAAGAAGCUCACAUUGAAGAGAUCAAUAGAUCAGUACACCAAGAGACUGGCAGAACUCACACCUGGACACAGUGGUGCGGACAUUGCCAACAUCUGUAAUGAGGCCGCUCUGCACGCGGCAAGGCUGAACAAAAAGAAUGUUGACACAAAGAACUUUGAGUAUGCCGUAGAGCGUGUCAUUGCAGGUAUGGAGAAAAGGACGCACACAAUGUCACCUGACGAGCGCAGGAUUGUGGCAUACCAUGAGGCGGGGCAUGCGCUAGUCGGCUGGAUGCUAGAACACACUGAACCACUUCUCAAGGUGUCUAUCGUCCCUCGCACUAAUGCAAGUCUUGGCUAUGCACAGUAUCUCCCAUCUGACCAGAAACUCUACACAACUGAACAAUUAUUUGACCGGAUGUGUAUGGCACUUGGGGGCCGCGCUGCGGAGGGAAAGAUUUUCCGGCGCAUAACUACAGGAGCCGAGGACGACUUGCGCAAAGUGACCGACAUGGCGUACAGACAGAUCAUAACGUAUGGGAUGAACGAUCGAGUCGGGAAUAUUUCUUUCCCGGUCAAGAAAUCUCAAGAGUUCGGCAAAAAACCGUACAGUGAUCACCUCUCUCACCUCAUAGACGAGGUAACAAAUUCCUCAAAUACGCGCCUCUCCCGAGAAGUGCGACUUCUCAUCUCACGAGCUUUCGACGCAACGGACAAUAUCUUGACGAAACAUAGUGAUAAACUCAAAGUGCUUGCGGAAGAGCUAAUCAAAAAGGAGGUCCUCAACUAUGACGACAUCAGCUCGCUGAUUGGUCCAUGCCCUUAUGGCGACAAGCGCGCCCGCAUUGACAAGUGGGAUACCACAGCGACCCCACCCGAAGCUGUUACAAACUAAUGCCAAACUAUGUUCAAACCUUGCCAGGACGACGCGUUGAGUCUGUGUGCGAGUAGCCUAAGUCGCAAAACAUCCCCAUGUGGUUUUAAAUGUAAAAACGGGAAUGGAAACCGAGGAAUGGACGUCGUCUCCCCAUGUAGACCUUAAUUAGCUUAGUUAACAUGUUCUUUUUGGGCUUGUUUUUUGGACAACAGUCCAACCGACAGUCCAAGCAAAAAAAGGCCUUAUUUUGGAUAACUUUUGCUCUAUAGGACAUUGGAAAAUAUAGAGUAAAAAAUUGUUGUCAUAAAUAGGAUAAGAAAAAUGUCAGAUGUAAAGGGAAAAAAACCCAGAGAUAAUACAGAAAUGAGUCUUCCAUUGAA